AGCUUGAGAGAAAGUAUAAAUGGAAAAGUUCUGGAAAUUGUCGGAUUUAUUAUUUCAAGAUGCAUCUCAACAAAAUAUUUUUCGUGUCCACAUUUGCUUGCUUCCUGUCCAAUGUGCUUUCAUUCUGUCAUAUACAAUAUUUAAAGGCUGAUAUUAUUCCGGAAAUAUUUCAUCUGAUGCCAGAAUAUACAAUUAAGGUGUGUUAUGGUCACUAUGAAGUAAACUGUGGUGCAGAUGUCAACAUAAAUAGAACACAGGAAGAGCCAUCUCUUUUUUGGAGAAGUAGCAAUAGCAAUAUACUUUAUACUCUUUUAAUGAUUGAUCCUGAUGCUCCUUAUCCCCAGAACCCAACUCUGCAGAAUUAUCUUCAUUGGAUAAUAGUAAACAUACCAGGGAACAACAUCAAAGAUGGGGAUUUAAUAGCAGACUAUGUUGCUCCCAAUCCACCACGUGAUUCGAAUCGACAUCGAUACAUAUUUGUAGUUUACAAACAGGACUGUCGUCUUCCAGCACAAAAAUGGAGUCAAGGAAAUGAAAAUUUCAACCUAGACAAGUAUCUUCAAACUCAGAAUUUGUCACCAUAUCCACACGCUAUGAAUUUCUUCUUUGUACAAAAAUAAUAAACAUUCUUAUUCUAAAA